AGCAUCAAGUUCAGUGCUAAAGAAUCGCAGCGACGGUUGCACGCGCGGAUUUAAAUUUUGAAUUUCGAACUUGAAGUGUUUUAGUGUUGUGGUUGUGUUUUUUUGGAUUGGUUGUCGUGAAUAGGGUUGGCGAAGUUUAAAUUCACGUCCACUGCUGGACCUAAGACUGAGGAUCGUCAGAUCGGUCCCUCACCCAACGGACUCCCAUAGACUUCAUCAGAUCAUCAUUCGACAAACGUUGUUUUGAGCACCAUGCCAGCCUACGACAACGCUGGCGCCACAAUCUCCCUCGAGGAUGUACGGGAUCCAGAAGUUGGAACCGAUGACUUCGAGAUAGCACAAAGAAGACGUAUCCAGUUUAAGACUCAGAAGUCCACAUUAUCCUCUAGAAGACAGCAAGCAGUGUGCGUCAGAAGGGCGUACAAGCGAUAUGGUUCCAAAAGCAGUCCAAAUGUCAUUCUCGACGGACUGAAUAUGACCGUGCCUAAAGGCGCUAUAUACGGUCUCCUGGGUGCUUCGGGAUGUGGGAAGACAACUCUCCUUUCUUGCAUCGUCGGCCGCCGUCGGUUGAACUCUGGAGAGAUCUGGGUGCUCGGAGGUCGGCCAGGGAGCCGCGGCAGUGGAGUCCCUGGACCUAGGGUCGGGUACAUGCCUCAGGAAGUGGCACUGUUCGGCGAGUUCUCCAUCCGAGAGACCAUGAUCUACUUUGGCUGGAUAGCUGGCAUGACGACGAGCGAGGUUGACGAGAGAGUUGACUUUCUGCUGACCCUGCUGCAGCUGCCGCAUCCCACCAAGCAAGUGAAGACCCUGUCAGGAGGUCAGAAAAGAAGAGUAUCGUUGGCUGCGGCUCUCAUCCAUGAGCCGGAGCUCGUGAUCUUGGAUGAGCCCACCGCUGGAGUCGACCCUGUACUGCGACAAAGCAUCUGGGAUCAUUUAGUGGAGAUUACCAAAGGAGGCAGAACCACAGUAAUCAUCACAACACACUACAUUGACGAAACAAAACAAGCUAAUAUUAUUGGCUUGAUGCGUGGGGGCCGCUUCCUUGCCGAGGAAGCACCGAAUGAACUCCUCCGUCGCUACCAGGCCGACAACCUUGAGGACGUAUUUUUGAAACUGGCUGUUCUGCAGAACAGGGGCAAGAGGCGCCGUUCCAGCAUCCUGGAAGAUAUCGUGAAGAAGGUGGAAUUGCCGUCUUUGCCGGAUCCUGCUGUAAUCGAUCUAGAAGAAGACAUCGGUGAGAUCUCCGGAGAAUUCGGAGAUAACGUCUCCAUGAGUAGCAAAGGCCGCGUAGUCGUUACACCAGAUGUAGCUCCCCUAGAGGCCUUACCUCCGGAAGAUAACCCACCGAUCGGCUGCUUGGAGAGAAUCAAGCCGAUGAGAUGGAGGAACAUGAAAGCAUUACUGUGGAAGAACUUCUUGACUCUCUUUAGGAAUUACGCCCUCCUCGCCUUCAUCGUCGUCCUCCCGCUCUCGCAAAUGGUCCUCUUCUGCAUCGCCGUAGGCCACGACCCUCAAGGCCUGCCCAUGUGCGUGGUCAAUCACGAGCUUGGAGAAAACAAUACUAACACUCCUUGUGACUGGGACAAGACGUGUCCGUUGGAUCCAGAGACUUAUGAGUGGGAUUUGAAACGGUUCAGCUGCCAGUAUUUGGAGUUCUUUGCCAAGCGACAGCCUAACCAGAUCUUCUACCCAACGAAGGAAGUAGUGAUGGACGCAGCGUACCAUGGCAAGUGCCGCGUGGUGUUGAUCUUCCAGGCCAACUUCUCCACCAGCCUCAUGGACCGUCUCCGGGACCCGCGACAUGCCUCCGACAUCGACCUUUACAAUUCCGACAUUGAAGUACAUUUGGAUGAUACAGACAAGCAAGUGCAGUGGAUGUUGGCGCGGGACAUUCAGCUCGCGUUUGGAGAAGCCACCCAGAACCUCGCCAAGACAUGCCAGCUGCCGACUCGCCUGCUGUCCAUACCUGUUUACAUUAACGAACCACCCAUAUAUGGAAUCUCUUCACCAGAAAUGACAGACUUCGCCGGACCUGGAGUUAUUUUGACGAUUGUUUUCUUCUUGGCUGUGGCUCUGACAACGAGCUCCAUGUUGGCUGAAAGGAACGAAGGCAUUCUGGAGAGGUCUCUGGUGUCGGGAAUUACAGGCACGGAGAUCCUGUUCUCGCACGUGUGCAUCCAGAUGUUCAUGAUGAUGACGCAGGCCGCCGUGGUGCUGUUUAUCGGCUUCGUGUUCUUCGACCUCACCAACAACGGGCCUCUCGGCUGGAUCAUUUUGUUGACGGUGCUCAAUGGCUUCUGCGGGAUGACUUUUGGUUUCUUCGUGUCCUGUCUCUGCGACACCGAGAGAACCGCAACGUUCAUCGCUCUAGGAUCAUUCCUGCCAAUGAUGUUGCUAUGCGGCAUCGUCUGGCCUAUUGAAGCUCUCCACGAGUGCCUCCAAUGGAUCAGCUACGUGCUCCCCCUCACCAAGUCCACGGAAUCCCUCCGCUCCAUGCUGCAGCGUGGCUGGACCAUAAACAUGCCUAUGGUGUAUAACGGCUUCCUGUCCACCGGCAUAUGGAUCGCCUUAUAUUUGAUAGGCAGUAUUCUCUUGAUCAAGUUUAAGAAGGGUUAGUUACUAGUACCAGGUUCUGUUUUUUAUAUUUAUUUAUCAUGGAAUAGUUUAUCUACUAGAUGUACACAGUUGUAUUAUGGAUAGCUUAAUCUACGUGAUAAAAUAAGUGUCACUUUUUAACACAACGCAAUUGAAAAGGAUCGAGAUUGCUAUCACGCUAUCACGUAGACAAAUAUGGCUAUCAUAUCAACGUGCAGAGGGCCUACCGCGAUCCACGACAAAUUGUCUCUCUGCCUCACUUGUAAAUUCGUGUCAGGGCACCUCUACACGAUGGCCCAGCGUUGGCCAGUCCAAGGGACGCAGCUAUGCGGUGAAAUGAGAUACUUGCUCCCUCUAACGCAUAAAUGCGUCCCUAGGACUGGCCUACGCUGAGCCAUCAUGUAGAGGAGCCAUCACAGCCCUCAGGUAUGGCUUGAGCCGCAAUACUUUUCAAAUAAAAUAAACAUGUAUGUGUAAUAAGCACGACUCUUUUAUGAAAAAUGCGGAGCCUAGUAGGUAGAUAGUUUGUGUAUUUUAUUGUAAUUUAAUAGUUAUUUUGGGUAUGUAAUUAUUUUUUAAAUAAAUCCGUCCUCUUGUAAAAGCAUAAGUGCUGUAAUAAUAUUGUUUGUAUUUUGUGUAUUUUUCUGUACCUACAAUAUUUAGUCACAUUAUUUUAUUGUAUUUUUUUGACACAAUGAGAAUAGCUUUAAGAGUAUCUUAGAAUAAGUAGUUGUUUCUAAUAUCAAGAGCAUUAGAGCUUUUAAUAAGAGAAUGAAAUAAAUAAUGUAAUAGACUGAAUGGAACUAUUAUCAUGACAAAAAUGACAAUAUUGUCAGCUUAAAAACGAAUGGUGAUAAUGUGAAAUAAUUUCGUCUGUCUUGGGGAGCCACUUCCGUUCCCCCAUUAUUGUAUAAUUAGUUUGUGAAGUUUUAAUUGAAAAAAAGUUAAUCGUACAAAUUUAACGUAAUCUCGUAAAAAGUGUCACAAAGUGCCAUUUUUUCGUAAAAAGUUUAAGGAGAAAAAAAAUCAAGUAUUUAUAUUAAUUAUAAAAUCCGGCCAGUCGGUAUUUGUAAUAUCACCUUUCAAUUUGAUUUACGUUUUUUUAUUUAACUAUUUGACAUGUAUUAUAAUUAAAUUUGUUUUAUUUUGUAUUUAGUGAUUUUUGUGCUGGCGAAACCGUAAGCGAUAUUCAAAAAAUCAUUCAAUUGUGCAACGCCAUUUUGCUGUUAAAUCUCUGGUCAGGUGGGGUAAGACGGAUAUAGUUUAUUUUGCUCGGGACAAGACUAACAGUAUUAGGAUUCCCUACUAGUGUUAAAACAAGUUAAACAACAACAACACAACAACAACAAAAAGUGUUGUGUGUUAGUGCGUGUAAAAGCUGGGGUGGUUAGAGUAGCGCUACCUCGUUUCACGCAAAAUCAGCACAAAGUCGAUUUGCAGAAAAUGCCCAGAAGAACUAAUUAACUAAGUGUUCGUCUUGUCCAGGUGAUAUUCUUACCCCACUUUACCUUAGUUGAAACUUUUUAAGCUGACCGGGAAUAAUACAUUCAUUAAGAAAGCCAUUUUGUCAUACAAAGCAUAACAACGCCGACGUCUUUAUCUAAGUAUGGCUUUCAAUGUCCAAGUGUCAUUAUUGAAUGUGAUAUGCUACUGCAAUUUCAACCUUGUGAAUUAGAGAAGAUGGUAGCUAUUUGUAUGCAUUUUUUGUUACUUGCUAUUAUUUGUUAAUAGCCGUAGCCUUAAACAUUAAAGAACAAUUUCAUUGUUCCUAAGAAUCGUGUCAUUCACGAAAACGCGUGCCUUGACUUGUCAUGUUGUUAAAGUAAAGGUUAGAUUUGACACAUCUACGCGUCAUCGUGGAUGACACGAACUAAAAUCGCUGAAUUUAUAAACGGUCAGCUUAAAAAAAUACUAUAGGUAACGCUUUUUUUGUAAAUUCUUUUAAAGUUUCAAUUUAUUUUAAUUGUUAAUUUACGUAAUAAACUGCAAGUUCAAAUAGAUUUUCUAAUAUCACAUACGGUUGUUAUGCGUAGUCAAGAAGUGCAUUCAAACUACUGAUCUGCCGUCGAAAACUCUCCAAAAUUGUGGAAUUUCCAGAUGGAGAAAUUUCGGAGGGCUCUCAUAUUUUUGUAAGGAAAUCGACAUUUUCCAAUUUCAUUAUGAACGUUUAUGUUUGCUGUAAAGUUUCCCUGAUAUUUCCUAGAACUUGUCCAACUUUUUUUUUGUCAACUGUAUUUCGAGCAGAGUUUACAGGCUUUCAGAAACAUAUUAUAGGGUUUUUUCUGAUAUUACACUAUGAGUAGACUGAAUUCAGUGCUUUAACAACUGUUCAAAAAAAAAAAAUCCGAAUUCAGGUAAAAAUACUUUCUCGUAAGACCCAGGGACUUAAUUGUGUGCUUAAUUAAGAUUUUUUUUUAUUCUGGAGUACUUAGUUGAAGAAUUGAAUUUGUACUCCUAAAAGUACGUUGGGACUUACGAGGAAAAUUUAUAUUUUUAUUUUGAGAAAAAGAAGGUGGAAGGUGUCACUGUAAAUAGGACUUUAUUGGUUUGAUGAUGGGGUUUAUUUUAGAGUACAAUAGAAUUAUAAUGGCUCAAUUAGAUAUUGCUGGCAUUGUGAUAGUAAAGUUAAGGUUUUGUAAAUAAAAGUGGUUUAGAAAUCA